AUGUCUGAGACUCAGGGUCCAACGGUGAUUACCGUGGCUGUUGUGUUUGGGGUGCUGACCUUCUUUGUCAUCAGCUUGCGUCUAUGGGCUCGCAUCUUCUUGGUGAAAUCGUUGGGCCCCGAUGACGCAUUGAUUUGCGUCGCCGUUCUCCUUUCGUGGGCAUUCAUGAUCGUAACUAUCAUUGCUGUUCAACAUGGCCUGGGACGCCACUACCUGGAGGACGUGGAGCCUCUCGGCAUCGACAACAUGAUCGCCUAUAUGGAAGCCGUCUGGUACUCUUCAAUAUUCUAUAAUGCCUGUAUUGGGUUUAUCAAGCUGUCCGUGCUUGCUCUUUAUUCGCGUCUGGGCGAUCCCACAUUACGCCGCCUCGCAUUCGUCAUGAUUGGCGUUGUAUCAUGUCAGGCCGGAGGAAACGUCUUGGCCUGCAUAUUCCAGUGCUCGCCAGUCAAAGCGGCCUACGUCGUGACGAUUACCUCGGAUCAAAAGAAGUGUAUCAAUAUCAAUGCCUUCUACCUGGCCAAUGCUGCUGUUAACAUUAUAACCGACUUAAUGACAUAUACUUUGCCUAUCAAGCUCGUCGUGCGACUGCAAGUCCCGCAGCGAACGAAGAUUAGUCUGGGUAUUAUUCUAAGCCUCGGUCUCUUCGCCUGCGUAUCCUCUAUCGUCCGCAUAACCUACAUCCCCCAAAUGCUGGUUUCACAGGACGCAACAUGGGCCAUCACGGGCGCAAUGUACUGGUCAGUCAUCGAGAUCAACAUCGGCAUUCUUGCUGGAUCGAUACCCUCUUUCAAGCCCAUCGCCAAGCGCUACUCUCCUCGUCUCCUCGGCAGCAGCAGCAUGGAAAACUCAUCUGGAGGGAAACAAAGCGGCAGCAAGAUCAGGAGUAUCUUCAAGAGUGGGAGCCAGGACACUUCGGUCAAGCUCCAAAGCAUCGAUGGGACUAGAAAGGGCAACGGAUACAGCUUCGGCACACACAUCGAACGCGGCCUGGAGGACAACAGUAGCGAGGAAAUACUGUACAGUCCUGGCCGUAUUGGAGUCAAGACGGAGAUAGACACGCGGUUUGACCAGGGACAAGAGCUCAGGGGGAUCAACCCUGCAAGGACUUAG